CCCCCCAAACGAAAUGGGUGCAUUUACAAGUCGCCAACAGAAUGAACAGGAGGCCGAACAAAAUGCCAACACUCAUGCCUAUAAAUAUCCUCCGAGGUCGGGUAAUAAUUUCUUUGGUAGUCAUUUUAUAAUGGGCGGUGAACGUUUCGAUACACCCCAGCCGGAAUCGUAUUUAUUUGGUGAAAAUGCUGAUUUGAAUUUUUUGGGAAAUCGCCCGACGGCAUUUCCCUAUCCUCCGCCACAGGCCAAUGAACCAACCAAGACUUUGAAAAGUUUGGUAAACAUACGCAAAGAGUCAGUUCGCUUCGUAAAGGUCAACAAAGAGAAACAAUCGUCGGAAACGGAUCAACAUGACGGUAAUUGUUUAAGCGGCGGUGGUGGAGGAACUGCAUUGGAUACACCACCAUGUCUUUAUAAUAUUGAAUUUACAUUUGAUUCGGAUGCCAAAUGUGCAAUUACCAUCUACUACUUUUGCAGUGAAGAUGUUAGUCCCAGUGGUGUAACGUUGACGCCACGCGAUGGACUCACUUCGGAGACAUAUCACUAUGAAAAGGGCAUCAACCAGUUCUUUUCUCAGCCCAGUCAUGUUUUUAAUCCCCAGUUAAUACCCGAGGAUGAUCUUAUCUAUAAUCCGGGUAAGGAACAAUACCCUGUUGCCAUACACUGUGUGGUGGAAGAGGGCAAUGAAGAUUGUCGUCAAUCACAUACAACGAUAUGUGUUAUUGAUCACCAUCCGGAGAGCAAUAGCUAUGUAUUGCGAGCUCUGAAACAGAAAAUAUUUGUCGAUGGGUUGUGUUAUCUACUGCAGGAGAUUUAUGGUAUUGAAAAUAAGGCCAUCAAUAAAAGUUCCAUUGAUGAGGAUCUUGAUGACCAUGGCAGUGAAUGUGUUAUUUGUAUGAGCGAAACUCGUGACACUUUGAUUUUACCCUGUCGCCAUUUGUGUCUGUGUUAUUCAUGUGCCGAUUCGUUGCGUUACCAGGCCAAUUGUUGUCCCAUUUGUCGUGCUCCAUUCCGGGCUCUUCUGCAAAUACGGGCCGUACAAAAGGGUGUAAACAAUCAUGUCUUACACCAGAACACACCCACCUCAGCUGCCGGGGAACCAUUGGCCUGUGAACAUCAGGUGCCACCAGGCUUUAUACCAGUCUCUUUGAUAGAGGCUCUCAAUGGUCCACCUCAAUAUGUGGGUACACGACGUGGUGUCGGGGAUGGUAAUGAUAUGUUGGACGGUGGCAGUGUGGGUGCUGUUGUCAAUGGCACUAACUCGGAACAUCAUAAGGCCACAUCACCAUACAAACCCUCUUCCCAGCGACGUUCAAAGGGCAAAAAGAAUGCUUCGACUUCGACCAAUUCCACUGAAAUGUCUACAAUGACCAAUAAUGGAAAUAAUGGUAGCACUACCGAUAAUCCUGAGGAGGGCAAUAGCGGAGCAACAUCUGAUAAAUCGCUAGAUAAACGCUCGUCACAGGAUAAAUUGCAAAUUGUCAAUGAACGUCAUAGUUUGAAAGUACCCAAAUCAUCCCACAAAAGACAUUCCAAAAAUACACCAACAACAAAUCCCGAAAUGACUUCGACCGCAACAUCUAUGCAUGACGAACAAGACGAUGAUAGUGAAAAUGAAAAAUUAUCACCUCUACUAUCGCCGGGUAGUAAAUGUAAACCCAUACCACCCCAACUGGUAAAAACAUUGACUCAAGCCUCAGACAAUGAAGACGCCGAAGAGGAGGAUCGCCACGAUGAAGAUAAUUCGAUGAUAUCAUCAGAACCCACUGUGGAAUUUAAGGGAAGAAAAUCCACUUCAUUUAAAAAACACAAAAAGGCUAACAACGAUAAAAUGCCGGAGGCAUCAAAUUCGGGAAAUGUCACACCUGGUGUUAUACCACCACCACCACAAGCAACCACCGCUUCGGUGACUGGGGUUGCAUCCGUCGCUGGUGUAACUGAAGAUUCGGAUUAUUAUACACCAGAAGAUCCUCAAAAUUGCAUUUUAAGUCCAUUGUGUCCUGAGAAGUCUAAAACUUUGUCCGGUGCCGGGGAAAAACUUAAAAAUUCUUUGGCUAAAAAGAAUUUACACAAGAAAUCCACAUCGGUGGGUAAUAUUGUCGGUUCGGGUGGUACCGGUGUGGCAUCCACUGCCAGUUCUAUGGGUGCUGUUGAUAUGAAGGGCAAUAAUGUUAGCUCAUUGCCAGAUAUGUUGGACAGCCCGGUAAGUGCCACUUCGGCAUCAACACGCAGUUCCAGUGACAGCUAUUCAUCAAGCUCAUCCACCAAACAGUUGUUGAGUUCAAAUCCCAAUACUGCUGCGGUGGCAAAUAUUAUUGUCGAUGAUAAGACAUCCUUGCAGAAUGCCGUUAAUGUUUAAA